AUGGUAAAGAAUAGUUGCAAGUCAAGUUUACACUACCCUUCAACUGUUAUCUUAAGCUCUUCCAUUCAUCGUAAGCGGAAGGAAAUCAAUGACGUGAUGUGGAAAAAGAAUCAAUUGCUCAAGUUUGGUGUUUGGAAUGUUCGAACAUUAAAGGGUGUGGGCAGAACUGACCUUCUUGCCAAAGAGUUGAUUACAACUGAUAUUACAUUAUGUGGCAUUACUGAAACUCACUUACCUGGCGCAGGUAUAAUAGAUUUGUAUAAAGACUCCUGCAAUCGUCUGUUGUUCUCUGGACCACCUGCUCUAGCCUCCAUGGGUGUUGGUCUAGUGGUUAGACAUAAUGUGAUGAAGUCACUCAAAUCGUUUGAUCCUAUCUCACUUAGGAUAUUGCGUGCAGACUUUGUCACUGACAAAGGAAUUUUGAAUGUCAUUGUUGGUUACGCUCCAACAGAAAUAUUUGAAGAGAUAGUUAAAGAUGAAUUUUAUCAACAACUUCAUGUUGCUAUGCAUAAGACAGGUUCGCUUGUUGUUGUGUUGGGUGACUUUAAUGCUAGACUUGGAACGGUAGUUUCAAAAGUUGUUGGUCAGUUUGAUUUAUCACAGUCAACCAGUGACAAUGGUGUUAGACUGAUAGAAUUUUGUCAAGCACAUAACCUGGAAAUCACAAACAUCUUUUUCCAGAAUAAGAAUAUACACACUGCCACUUGGUAUCCUCCUAAUCCCAAAUUACAACCAAGUCUAAAAGACUGUGUUUUGGUAAAGCAGUCUGUGCAAAAAAUGGUACAUGAUACAAGAGUACGACGAGGACCAAAUUUGACAGUGACCACAAACUUGUUUGUAGUAAGAUGGUACGCCUUCACAAGCCACGUGGGAAAAGACGAGUGA